AUGAUGAAAAUAUCUAGAUACAAAGCUGAUUCGCAAGAUGACAAACCUUUUCUACCUUUAAAGUUGAAAAUGUAUCGAUCCAAAUUCCAAAAAUCAAUCAAAGAAAAAGAAAAGGAAAUGAAGACAGCAAAACAUUUGCAACAUAAAACUUUUGGUUUUGCUGAACUUCCAUUGCCAAAACCAAAUAAUUUUCUUAAAAAAGAUGAAGGUAUUCGGCAACAUUACGAUCGUCCGCAGACAUCUCAUCAUCGUUGUAAUUUCCGGCGUCCACCCAUUCCCCAUCUAGACGAGUUGAAAAAGGGUCAAUCGAUGCAAGACUUAAAAACUGAAAAGAACUUUAAGUUCAUUAAUAUAAAACGUGCAAAAUCGGCAGUUUUGCGAAACAAACCAGGACCAAAAUGCUUUGAGCAAAUGGCACCAGUUUACAUUCACUCACCGAAAUAUGGAAAAGUCCCUCGAUACUUGGAAAAUAUUAACGAACAAUUUCGUAAAAUGGAAAUCGAAUCAAAGAAGCAACAUGAAGAAGGAAGAAAUGAAAAAGGAAUUCGCGCUUUAACCCAAGAGGAAAAAAAUCAAUUGUUGGAUGGCUUGAGGCACAAUUGGGAUAUUAUGCAGAAAGAAUAUCAAAAAAUGCCUCUUUUAAUCGAUACAGUACCGAAACAGAUACGAAAGACACGAUUGGAAAAUAAUUUGAAGAGUUUGGAACGUGACAUUUGUUUGUUGAAUACGCCUUCAAAAUGCAUUUUCAUUGUUCCAGAUUAA